AUGAUUGUACGCAUACUGUUGUUUGAUUUAAAUGAUAGUAAUGUUUCGUCUAAACCGAGUCUAUGGAGUGAUGUGUUAAUUGCCACACAAUUGUAUAGUCGGUCACUAUAUGAUGAUUAUCGACAACUGUUUCAAUUGUUAUCUAAAUCGGCUAAUGUUUCCCAGGACUGCCAGAUAAGUGUUAGACAAACAUUGGAUGCAUUGUUACAAAUGCAGGACUGGGCUCAUCAAAUGGUCAACUCUUGGGGUAAAUUUCCGGCAUCGGGUCUAUUGGAGGGCACGACAACCGAUUUAGGUUCAUAUGAUCAGUGUUUGUCAAUCAAGUCUAACCAAUAUAUUGGUGAACCGCAAUACUGUAUGAUUGAUUUGGGACUACCGGUACCGCAGCCGCAGCCCCGACACCAUAAUCUCAAUCAUAGAGUUGAUGUACUUCCGCACCAUUUCAUCAAAAAUAUCAGUUUCGCAAAUCAUUUGUUCACAAGACUAUCAAAAGAGGCCUCAUUUUUCUAUUGGAUUUCAUUGAGAACCGGCAUAUGUGUGCCCAAUAAAUGUACAUUCAAUGACAUGGAUCAGCUAACAAUUAAAUUCUAUAUAUUUUCAUUGAACAAAAAUAUUGGUAAACUAUUGAGUCCUCAAACAUCGGAAACAUUAUCAUGUCUUCACGGCAUACGAGUCCUCACUAUAUUUUGGGUAGUUUUAGGCCAUACUAUUGUUUGGGUUCACUUUCAAAUGUUCAGCAAAUCAGUUAACUUAAAUUGGUUUGGAUUUUUGAUAUCCCGGAUAAUGCGUUUGACACCACAGUUGGCAUUAUUUUUGUUAUUUAAUUUUUUGUUGCCAUUGAUGGGUUCGGGACCAAUUUGGCACGAAACCAUUGAUAAACUAAUUAAUAAAUGCCAACAAAAUUGGUGGCUUAACUUAUUAUAUGUACAAAACUUUAUCGAUGUCAAUAACAUGUGUGCCCACCAUACAUGGUAUACGGCUAGUGAUAUGCAAUUUCAUUUUCUAUCAUUGCUAAUAAUACUGGCCUUUCUAUACAAUGUGCGAUUGGGAUUCAUUGUCAAUAUUUUGACGAUUAUAACGUUUGUUAUCAUAUCAUCGGUCAUCAUAUAUGUCUAUGAUUUGCCGCCGGCUAUUGUCAACACUGGUCGCGACCAAUACUUUCAGGACUAUUAUGUUGAACUAUUUUACUACAAGCCGUGGCCACACGCUAUCAUAUUUUUUACCGGACUGGCCUUCGGGUUCAUAGUUUAUCGUAAAAUGUUUUUCACACUAAAAACUCGUACAUUUUACUUGAUAUGGGCGACCACUUUGUUGGCCUUUUGGAUACCCCUAAUGGACGACCAAUUCUGGAACGACGGCAAAAUUGGAUACAAUCCAUUGGUGUCGGCCCUGUAUUAUCCGUUUUGUCGGUUAGUAUGGGCUCUAUGUAUAGCCUCAAUGAUAUGGUUGUGUUUGAGUGGUAACGGCGGUCUCGUCAAUGCUGUACUAUCCUGGAAGGCAUUCGUACCGUUAGCUCGACUAACAUAUUCCGUAUAUCUAACCCAUGCUUGGGUUGUCUGGAUAUUUUACGGCACCCGUAGACAGCUAUUACAGCUCAGCGAAUAUCAAUUGCUUCUCAUAUUUGCACAUAAUUUGGUAUUUGCUUAUAUAGUGGGUGCAAUAUUUGCCAUUGUAUUUGAAAUGCCCAUACUCAAAUGCAAUAAAUUGUUGCUACAACAUUUUCAAGUAGUACCAAGCAAUAUUCCUGCUUAA